UUACCAGUCUCUAGAUUCCACGAGAUAACUUGAGUAAAAGCAUACCAGUUAAAAGGCGGCCAAGCCUCUCUUUUGUCUCCCUCUCCGGCUUUACCGUCUACUUCCUUUAUUAUACACAAUGGCUCCAGAGCGCAGAUUUAUCCAGGACCCAGUCUUGCUCGUAAGAGAAUGGAGUCGUGCUCAGCUACAAUUACAGCCGGGCUUGAGGUUCGAUGAGAGAUUUGGUGUUUUGUUUAAACCAAACCUGGCUGAUGCCAAUAGAGUCACGGUGAUCAGUGGAGGUGGAAGUGGCCAUGAACCUGCCCACGCUGGAUACCUGGGUGAGGGUAUGUUGGAUGCGACGGUUGCCGGCUCCAUUUUCUCCUCGCCCAAUAUCCGACAGAUAUACCGUGCUCUUGAGGCAGCUGCCUCACCCAAAGGGACAAUUGUGGUUGUCAAGAACUAUACUGGCGACAAACUAAACUUUUCGCUCGCCGCUGAGCGCUACAAAGCCGCAACGGGGCAGGAUGUCCGCGUGGUAUUGGUGGCUGAAGACGUAUCGGUGCCUCGUUCUCGCGGCAAAUUCGUCGGUCGUCGUGGCCUGGCUGGUACUAUUCUCAUUCACAAAGUGGCCGGUGCAGCAGCGCACCGGGGCCUAGAUAUCGACCGCAUUGUUCAACUGUGUGAUAAAAUCUCCAACAACAUGGGCACCAUUGGAGUGUCGCUCGCACCGUGCUAUGUCCCAGGCCAGCAGGGAGCAGAAACGGGGCACAGUGAGGAGAUCAGUUUGGGUAUGGGGAUUCACAAUGAGCCAGCCUUCGACCGUCUACCAGCAGAGACACCAACAGAGGAGGUUAUCAAGAAGAUGCUCAAUCUUCUCCUUGACUCGACCAACAAGGAGCACGGCUUCCUGCCCGCUGAAGCAGCCAACGCUGGUCGUCGUGUGGUUCUACUAAUGAACAAUCUAGGGGGUCUCUCGACCAUCGAACUGGGCGCAUUAACCUCUCUGGUCAGCACGCAAUUAAAGAGCAUGUAUAACAUCACCCCGUGCCGAACCUACGCAGGCACCUUCCUUUCCGCAUUGGACGGUCGUGGCUUCAGUAUCACGUUACUGAGCCUGGAUGACUCCGAAGAAGCUUCCACAAUCUUGAGCCUUCUCAAUGACCCCACGACUGCAAACGGCUGGGCCUCAAGUAUCCCUAUCGACCAGUGGACGAAGGAGUCCGGCAUUAGCGAGUCAGUUGAUCAAGGAGCUGAGAAGCCCCGCCGCACCAGCCUUAAUGACAUUCGCUGUGAUAAGGAAGCCUUCGUAAAGGUCAUCAAGUCCAUUUACUCGGAAGUUGUUGCAGCAGAGCCAGCUCUUACACACUACGAUACGGUUCUUGGCGAUGGCGAUUGCGGAACAACGCUUCUUGCAGGCGCGCAGGCCAUGUUGCAAGGGGCAGAAACCGGCUCACUGCCUACGCACAGUCUCACUCAGGGGACGCUUGCACUGUCGGAGGUCGUCACCGAGGCUAUGGGAGGCACCUCAGGAGGAAUCUACGGCAUCUUUUUAUCCGCGCUAGCCGCGUCUUUGAACCAUCUCUACGAGGAGAACACCCCUAUCGAUGUUCGAUACUUUGCUCGUGCAGCAGUGGAAGCACUGACGGCACUGGAGAACUUCACCGGUGCUCGUGUUGGAGAUCGUACCUUGAUGGAUGCGUUGAUACCAUUCGUAACAACGUUGGACCGCGUAAGCAAGGACCAGCCUCAGGGCCUCGCCGCCCUUGAGGCAGCCGUUUCUGAAGCGCACGCUGGUUCUGAGAACACGCGAAAUCUACAAGCCAGAUUUGGACGGUCUGCGUAUGUCAAGGAUGACUCUGGAAUGCAACAGACAAAGGAAGAGGAAGCCGCUCGUCUGCCAGAUCCUGGAGCCUACGGUCUUGUCGCUGUGCUGAAUGGGUUGCUCAAAGGUUUGAAAUGAGAGAUAUGUGAUCAAAUCUGAUUCCAUAUAUGAUUUGGGCAGUUUGUCUCGACUCUUGAAUGCUUGAGAGUCUGCAUGGAUACCGGUGGCAUAGUUCAUAUAAUGAUAUGUAUAAAGUUUCUGGGAAUCUGGGGGCAUUUGAUAUAGUACCUCUUUCAUUAUUCAAUUUGAGUUAAACUAUCAAGAGCGAAUAUACUUGAGACGGCCGACUAAGUACACGAGCGAGUACAGCCAGACCAUCACCAUUAGAUACCUAUUCGAGCUUUGAGAGGCUUUCUAGGCAUAUCUACGUAGUCUUAGAUUACGUUGUCACAGUCG